GAUGUGGCUUAUUGUGAACACACGUUUUUUUUUUUGAAGUUGUGUUCCACCGUAUUUAUUUUCUUAUUUUAAAAGUAUUGACUGGUAUAUCAUCGUCAAAGAUAACAAGUGUUCAAAGUGUUGUAUUCGUAUGAAGAGAAAAUUUAAAUUUAAACUCAAACAAUCAUCAUCGACAUUUUUCGAACGUGCGAUUGAAGAUAUAUAUUGGCCUACAACGGAACAAUUUUCGUUAAAUUAAUAUAAAAAUCACAGACUCACUCAGGAAAAACGCCGCCCAUAAAUAAAACAAAAAAUAUGCUGAUUGAAAGCUAGUGCACAAUUUCGAUAGAGAAUUUCGCAAUAUAGAAAAUAGCAAUACACCGAAAAAACCGAUUUGACGAAAUGGGAAUCGGGUCACGAUUUAGCAAGUGGGUCAACUAUCCCCAAAUUAAGGCGCUUCUAUGGAAAGAUGUUCUUAUUAAGAAACGACAACCGUGGCUCACAACAGUUCAGUUCCUGUGGCCUUGUCUUAUAUUUUUAACUGUUUACUUGCUGCGAUUGAAAUUCAGCGCUAGCGAUAUUGAAGAUUGCCAGUUUCCGACACGAGAAUUGCCGUCCCCAAAGGGUGUUUUACCCUUUUUCCAGUCCUAUAUUUGCACCAUUCAAAACGAAUGCUCUAGCCCCAAAAACUACUCGGAAAUUUCGGAAUUUCCCGAAGCUCCUAUCACACCAAUAGUGAAUAUUGUCCAAACGUUCCUAAAUGAAGAUAAACUGUAUAAUGCUAUUGUUGAUUUGCCAGCCAGUGGAAAUUUUCUGGGCUCAAUCACCACGAUUGCUACACAUCCAAGUUUUAAAAUACUUGAAGAUAAUAUUGCCCAGAUGACCACAGUGCUUGGCAUGAAUGGUUCGCCAAUCAAUAGUAGUUUUGAUAUUACUCAAUUAUGGUCGGAUGAUGCGACUUUCUCACAGUCGGGUCUUCUAUUUUGUGGCAAACCAUUUCCCACUAGCAAUAAUAUUCGAUUUGUGGAUCGUAUUUUCUACCAAGAAGAUUUCAAUAGCGCCAACCAAGAGGAAUUGGAUGUCAUGCCAACAAAAUAUUGUAAACAGAUGUAUCUAGAUAUCGGUGCAAGUUCAAACAAUGCAAAAAUCACAUGGAAUUAUAUUAAGCCGAUUAUUCAAGGGAAAUUUUUGUAUGGACCGAUCAAUUCGCGAACUGAACGAUUUGUACAAAAUGCAAACGACACACUUUUGGCAAUGAAUCGACUAAAAGAUCUCAUCAAAUCCCUUGAUGUGAUUAUAAAGCAAUUGCGUGUCGAGGGUGACUUUCAAAAAAAAUUUAUGAACAUCGUGCAAUUGGCUAAGUCACCAUUUGUUCAAAUGCUUUUGGCAAACUUUAAUGUCGAUCCCAAGGUGCUGGAUACUGUUUUUGAUGGUUUACUUCACGACAAACAAGUGUCCGAUAUCAUUGAAACCGUCGCAAAUAUAUUUGAAUGUUUCUCUGUUAAUCGUUUCAUUGGUGUUAACUCAGAAAAAGAGUUAGAAGACAUGGCUAUAAAAUUGAACGAUAAAAAGCUGUUUUACGCUGGCAUUUAUUUUGGUAAUGAUGGAUAUGACAAAAAUAAGGAGUACUCAUACACGCUGCGAAUGGAUGCGGAUAAUACUCCAAUUACAUUGGAAAAUCGAAAUCGGUUUUGGUUCCCAGGUCCAAAUGGUAAUUUUGAAUUGAAUAUGAGAUAUCAUCGGGGCUUCAUUCAAAUUCAGCAAAUGAUCGAUCAGGCGAUUAUAAAAACAGUUGUUGAAGAUGAAAAUGAAAUUCGUGAACAACAGUGGUUACAAACAACAACUACAACAACCGAAGCUACAACACCAAUCGAAAACGAAGAAACAACUGAAAAUAUAGAUAGUCAGACCGAAUCAAGUGUGGAUAAGUCCGAAAAUGGAAAUGCAAACACUACAGCAGACUCAACGGAAAACACUGAGACUGAAGAAGCGGCCACAACUACAAUCCCAGACGAAAAUCUGCAAAAUGACAUGAAGAAAAGUUCAAAUGAAAGUGUAACGAAAACGAAUGUCAUUGAUACACCUGUUAUUACUAAUGAAUCUACAGAAGCAACGAAACAAACACUAUCACGACGUAAACGACAGUUAGAUAUUUUCAGUUCUCUUUUCGGUGGGUCACCAACCACUGAAGCACCAAAGUUUCAUGGCAUUGAAUAUGGUGAUAUGCAUACUUACACCAAACAAUUUCCCUAUCCAAAAUAUCGUGAAGACGAUUUUCUCACCGGACUUUACUUGGCCCAAUGCAUACAAUUAUUAUUCUUCUUUGCGCUUAUUGUCCAAGUUUCGAAUGCAGUUCGUAAUCGCAUUUGGAUGAGGGAGAGCGGAAAUAGUACGUUGAUGAGAAUAAUGGGUUUGCAAAAAUCAUCGGAGAAUAUUGCAUGGAUUUUGUCAACAUUUAUUGAUUUUGCAAUCACAUUUCUGAUAUGCGAAAUUAUUUUAUUCAGCGGAGGUGUGAUGCAAACAACAAGCCGAAUUUUGCUUUAUAUUUUCCUGCUUAUAUUUGGCGCAUGUGUCAUUUCGUUCUGUUACAUGAUGUCCACAUUCUUCACAUCGGCCAGCAUUGGAUCUGUUUCUACCGUAAUACUUUUUCUUAUGACGUAUAUGCCGUACAUUUUGAUUAUAUCGUUAGGUGCAAUUUUGAGUCAAUGUUCCAAAGUUCUUGCUAGUUUGUCAUUUGCAACGGCAUUUUGUUAUGCUUGGCGCUUCAUUAUGCGAUUAGAGCUGCAACAACGUCCGCUAACAUUUUCGAAUGCAUUCGAAGGAUCGUUUGAAUCGAAUGAAUUUAUGUUUGGUUUUGUAAUGAUUUUCAUUGAUCUCAUUUUGUACACGAUUAUUGGAUAUUUAUACGAACGAUAUACCAGCGAUGAAUUCAAAUUCCACGAAGUCGAGAAAAAAGAUAUGGACCCGAAUAUUGGCGGAGCUCUCCAGGGGUGUACAAAGAAAUAUAAUGGCAGUGAAAACACGGCUCUUGACAAUGUAUCCGUAGUUUUUCGUCGUGAUUUUAUCACUUGCUUAUUAGGUAGAAAUGGAGCGGGUAAAAGUACGAUAAUAAAAUUGUUAACGGGUCAAAUUGCUCCGACCAGUGGAAAAGUUUAUUGGCCACAAAAUUGGGACCGAAUUACAGCACAUGAGAUCGAUGAACGUGUAGGAUUAUGUCCACAAAAUAAUAUCUUAAUACCAAAUUUGACGGCAAAGGAACAUUUGGAGCUGUAUGUGUGCAUAAAAAUGAAUGGAAAGUGUGGAAAACGAGAAGUCGAUCGCGUGAUGAAAGAUCUUCAAUUUGGAAAGCAUGAACAUUAUUUCUCUCAGCAUUUGUCGGGCGGGUUUAAGCGUCGUCUUAAUGUUGCCAUCGCAUUUAUUUCAUCUCCAAAUUUGGUGAUACUGGACGAACCAUGCAGUGGUGUCGAUAUAAAAGCGCGAAAAAACAUCUGGGAUUUAAUAUCUGUGCUGCGCCAAGGACGUGCCGUUGCAUUGGCCACUCAUUAUCUUGACGAAGCCGAACAUUUGAGUGAUAGUAUUUUGAUCAUGAAUGAAGGAAAAGUAAUGGCUGAAUAUGAUCCCGAAUCUUUGAAAAAUACAUUCUCGCAUACAUUUGAACUUCAUGCUAAUUUCGGAAGUGUGGACAAUUCAAAGGCCACUGAAUCAAUCAAAUCCCUACUUGAAGAGCAUGCACCCGAAUUUGAGUUGAGCUCAAUUUCAACUGAAUCGCUUGUGGCAAAAAUUCAAUAUCGAUCAGAGUCGAAUCAAUUGGUGAAUUAUUCACCGCUUUUUAACAGUAUUGAAGAUAUGGUGAGAGAGCAGCAAAUCAAAAGUUUUCGAAUUGUAAGCAGUAAUUUGGAAAAUGUGUUCAACGACCUGAUUAUACCGUCAACAACAAUGCAAAAACUUAAUGCAAAUGGUUAUGUUACACCCGGCGAUGAGAUAAUUAAGAAAAACGAUGAAUUCAGUCCAAUCGUUCAACAGGAGAAACUCUCUGAAAUAGAAGUGAUUAAGAAUUUGUUGAGGAAACGAUUUUUGCAUUUUAAACGAAACUAUAGAUUAAUUUUAUGUAUGUUAGUUUUGCCAACGUUAUUUGAAAUUAUUGCAAUGGGCUUUAUGACAUUGCGGCCACCUGGCGAACAUGACAUCGAUUUGCAAUUUUCGCGUGGACUUUACCCGAAUAGCACCGAUAUAUACAGUAUUGAAAACGUAGAUACGCUAAAGAGUGAUAUAUAUGCAGAUCUCACCGGAUAUUGUGAAGGAAACAGCGAUGAGUUUGGUAAUAAGUGCAGAACAUUCGAAUCGUCUGAAAAUCUCUCCGGAUGGGUUCUGAAUACAACACAAGAUUAUCCAACUAGUCGUUAUGGUGGUGUCUCAAUUAAUGGUUCACGCGCAGCCGUUUGGUAUAAUAACAAUGGUUAUCAUUCAAUGCCAGUUUUCUUGAAUGAACUCAAUACAGCUUACUUUAGAAGUUUAAUGAAUGAUACUGACUUGAAAAUUACAACCAACAAUUAUCCAUUGAAAUUAGAUGACAACGAACUGAGCCAAUCUUCAAUUCUCCAACAAGUCGCCGAUGCUGGCAUUUCGAUCAUUUUGUUGGUGGCUUUUAGUUUGGUAACCGCUGGCGCCUCGAUAUAUAUUGUUAAUGAACGGCUGAGCGGAGAGAAAUUACAACAAAAACUAUGUGGUGUUUCAUUCAAAACAUAUUGGGGAAUUGCUUUUGUGUGGGAUUUCGCUAUCUAUGUGAUAGCACUUUUGUUAGCAAUAGUUGUUUUCGAAGCUUUCGACAUUCCAGCAUUUACAGCAAAGGAUAAUCUUUAUGGCAUUUGCUUGCUGUUGUUACUGUUUGGUUUUGCCGGCAUUCAAAUGGUUCAUCUGUGUGAAAAGCUAUUUUCUGAUGCUAGUCUGGCAAACAUGUAUAUUUUAUGCUUGAAUAUUUUGAUUGCCAUGACAACGAUUACCACGAUCAUUUUGAUUGAUUUGUUGGGCGAAAGUGAAUGGAGUGGUCAAUUGCGUGACUUUAUGAAUAGAGCAUUUUUAAUUUUGCCACAACAUGCACUCGCCGAUGGAUUGGUGGAGAUUUGUAAAAAUCAUGUAGUUGCUGAGGUGUUUACACGAUAUUACAUCAAUACAUAUAAAUCACCAAUCAGUUCCGAUUUGAUUUUGCCACAUUACAUCUCUUUGAUUUGUCUUGGUGUUAUAUUUUGGAUAACAAACUAUAUUAUCGAAAGUGGCAUGUGGAGAUCGUAUCUAAAAUCUUCGAAAAAUAAAAAGAAUGAUACUGACCUGGAAUCGAUUGCCACAAAUCAAAACGGAUUCAACAUUCCAAAUGGUGGCAACAAGCAAGAUUUCUUCGGCAAGCUUAGAAGUUCCAAUGAAAUUGCAUUGAAAGCAGAUUCUCUGUGCAAGACGUAUGACGGAAAAAAUGUGGCUGUUAAUGAUGUUACAUUCAGUGUAAAAACAGGAGAGUGUUUUGGACUGUUGGGUGCGAAUGGAGCUGGUAAAUCAACCAUAUUUGCAAUGUUAUCCGGUGAGUUGGCUCCCACUUCAGGAACAGUUAGCAUUUUAAAUCGAGAUAACGGUGUAUCGUAUUGUCCUCAAUCAAACGCACUCGAUAGUUUGUUAACGGUAUCUGAAAUUAUCGAGUUCUAUGGACGAUUACGACGAAUUCAAAAUAUUCAAGAGGUUUCCGAGCAAACGUUGAAAUUUUUCCAUCUGGUUCCAUAUCGAAAUGUUUUAGUAAAAAAUUUGAGCGGUGGAAAUCGUCGCAAGCUCAGCGUAGCCGUUACAUGUUUCGGUUCUUCAUCAAAUGUUUUCAUGGAUGAACCUACAAGUGAUAUGGACCCGGUGACUCGUUCAAUUGUUUAUAAAUCAAUAAAUCGAUUAUUGCUUGACAAUCGAUCGGUUAUUUUAACAUCGCACACAAUCACCGAAAUUGAUCGAGUGUGUGACCGAAUUGGAAUAAUGAGACAAGGAAAAAUGAUCGUUACCGCACCUCCCCAACAAUUAAAAGUGAUGUAUGGCAAUCGAUACGACAUAACUGUUUACUAUGACCAAAUUGAAGCGUUGACUAUUGAACGGGACAUCAAAAAGGCAAUAUCGAAUGUAGAGAGCUUAAUAGUUCAUAAUCAUUGUUUGCAAUUUAGAGUUAAAAUUCGCAAUCCAAGUAGUCAAAACUACGAAAAUGGAAAUGUAAAUAAUAAUAAUUCGGAGGCUGUGAUCGAUGAGAGUGGGAUGUUCUUAAGUGAUUUAUUCAAUAAGUUACACAACUUAACUGUAGGUCGGGGAAUUAGCUAUACAAUAACCGAAUGUUUACUGGAUCAAGCAUUUGAACGCGUUUUAGAUGCGGAGAUCACACAUUCCUACUUUAAUUCAGCAUACACAUCAGAAACUCCAACAUAAUCAUACAACAAAGUUACCUUCAUAAUUUGAUAUAAAUUUUAUAGUUGUUAACGUAUCGUUCAUUCGAUAUUCGUUUGCGGUUAAACGAACAUCCAAUGAACAUAGUCUCUCGUCGGGCGAACACUAACGAACAUUGUCUCGUUUACAGCUACACUUCAAAGCUUAUCUUUUAAUGUACAAAUUUUUAGCGUUUGCCAAUAUGAAAACUGUUUCAAUUAUUAUAUUUACUUCACGACUGCAUGGUAUUUAUUUAUUAAGUUGGGUUUUUUGACACCUCAUGUGCCUACGUUAAACUAUAGUUGUAAGUUAUUGAAUAAAUGCGCCUAAGUUUAGUUCACUACAUUGAA